AUGAACCCAUAUAUUACAAAAAUUCAUGGUGUUACGCGAGAUCCUGAAACAAAAGAUUACAUGUUAAUAAUGGAAUAUGCAAAUGGCGGUAAUUUACAUAAUUAUUUGCAAAAGAAUUUUAUGAAUAUUUCAUGGAGCGAAAAAUUAUAUAUUUUGUGGAAAAUUACGGAAGGGUAA